CCUUUUUUCUCUGGAGUCUAUUCUCGUCACAGCCCCUCGCGGUUUCAUCUCAAAUCCCAUUUGCUAUUGUACCUGCCCAAUAGCAGAGACCGAGCGUGUUUUAACUCGGAUGGCAUUUUUAUUUCAUCAUUACAAUCCGGCGCAAGUUUGACGCAGUGAUCCCUGCGCGCUCUCUCUGAACAUCCCCAGGAGGAGCUGGACGCAGAAUCGAGCUUUUUCUGCUGAUUUUUCUCCCUCUUUUUUCUUAGUAUUUUAACACAGAUUCUAAAAACCAGAAAAUCUGUUUCAGGUGUUUUUCCCCCCCACUUCGAUACAUUUUGAUGGUGAUCCAUAUCGGACCGUAAACGGUGAUGGCAGACUCUGAUGCGCAAGAGACUCGCCAACCCGCAAAAGACUCACCGUUCUCCAUAAAGAACCUGCUGAAUAUUGAAGACAAACCCACGAAGCCGAAGACCCUGCUCGGCUCGUCCAAAGGCGUUUUUGAGGGCAGCUUCUUCUCUCGGUUCGGUGACUUGUCUUUCCCUCGACUUGAGUUCCCCACUCAGAGAAUUGGACUAUCGGCGCAGUAUUUGGAGAGAGCGUCUACCUGGUGGUACCCAUACACGCUCGGGACGCAUUUUAGGACUGGAGGUUCUGAGAAGGUCAACGUGAGGGAAUCAUCCCCGGCACUGGACAGGCGCUCCCCGGAUCUCCAAAAAAGUGACCAAGAUGCCAAAGAGGAAAGCGCUGACGACGACAUCGCGCUGGAUGAGAGUGACGCGGAAGAGCCAAAGAAAGAAAUAGACCAAGAGGACGACUGGAAGAGAAAAACGGACGAGCUGGACUCCGACAAGAAGACCUGUCGGAAGAAGAAGACGCGCACGGUGUUUUCCAGGAGUCAGGUCUUCCAGCUGGAGUCCACUUUCGACAUCAAGCGCUACCUGAGCAGCUCGGAGAGGGCAGGCCUGGCCGCGUCCCUGCACCUGACCGAGACGCAGGUGAAAAUCUGGUUUCAGAACCGAAGGAAUAAGUGGAAAAGGCAGCUGGCCGCGGAGCUGGAGGCGGCCAACCUGAGCCACGCGGCGGCGCAGAGGAUUGUGCGGGUUCCGAUACUUUACCACGAAAACGGAGCCUCGGAGAGCAACGGGGGCCCCGCAACAAACUCACAGGGCAGCCAGUCCCUGCUGGCGUUUCCCCACCACAUGUACUAUUCCCACCCAGUCCCAUUGCUGAGGCCUGUUUAACACUGACGGUGGCAAAACGCACUGUACAUAUGUUUUUAGCUAAACAAGAGUGAUUCAUUGAAAAAAUAAUAUUUUGUAUAUUUUGUAGAUUCACAAUGUUAGGUCACAUUAUUAUUAUUAUUAUUAUUAUUAUUAUUAUUAUUAAAUGUAACCAGUCUCUGCUGACGUGUCCUUGAGCAGAAUCCCACUUUCAGCUUAGGAAGAGAGGAACAAACCAAAAUUACUGUUAUUAUUAUUAUUAUUAUUAUUAUUAUUAUUAUUAUUAUUAUUGUUAUUGGUGAGUCUUUAAAAAAUGGGUGCAUAUAUUUUAUUGUAUUCAGUUGAGGGGUAAAGGAGGCUUGUUUUGAACAGGGUUUGCUGUCUAUAUGUAUUUUACAGAGACUUGUGUCAGUGUUUGUCGCUAAAAUGUGGAAUUGAAUAUUUUGAUAUUUUUGUGCAAUACCGUUGGCUUCACGUUAGGCUACCAGCCUUUGUCACCUAUAGCUCAGUCUGAAAGAAAACAAAAUAUCCUUUUUCUCUUUGUUACAGUGAGGACAAUCAUGUGAUCCUUAAAAGAAUUAUCCUGAAAAACUGCAGGUAAUACAGGCAACUGUUUUUAUUAUGACGCAAUGUUUGGCAGUUAUUUUAAAGCCAUGAAAGAGCCAAAAAAUAGCCUCUGUUUUUGUGUAUGUUUUUCUUCUGAUAUUGUUAUUGAAAUUCUGUAUAUUCUAUGGUCUUACACUCAGUAAAGAUUUGUUCCAAAAAGAAA